CUUUUCUUUUCCUUCCCUUCCCGGCCGCCAUAGCCCCUGCUAGUGGAGCCCGUGCAGGCCUUCCGUCCCUCUCCCUCCCCCGGCUGGGAGAGGAAGAGAAAGGCAGGGACGGGACAGGAGUCGGAUUACAAGAUGGCGGCUAUGCCGCGGUGUUAGUGGCUGCUGCUGCUAGUUGGUACUGCUGAGCCAGAGGAGCGGCGGCUCCGACCUGACUGUCAUGAAAAGCGGCGAGUUAAAGGCUUCCUGAGUGACGCUCUCAGCCCCCGGCCGGUCCUUUCCCGUGCCUCACGAUCGGGCCGGGGCCCCACCAUGUCGGAUACCCGGCGGCGGGUGAAGGUCUACACGCUCAACGAAGAGCGGCAAUGGGACGACAGAGGCACCGGGCAUGUCUCGUCCACAUACGUGGAGCGGCUCAAAGGGAUGUCGCUGCUCGUUCGAGCCGAGUCGGACGGUUCCCUCUUGUUGGAAUCGAAGAUAAAUCCAAACACUGCAUAUCAAAAACAACAGGACACUUUGAUUGUUUGGUCAGAAGCAGAAAAUUAUGAUUUAGCUCUGAGUUUUCAAGAAAAAGCUGGCUGUGAUGAGAUCUGGGAAAAAAUUUGCCAGGUUCAAGGGAAAGACCCUUCUGUAGAAGUUACACAGGAUCUCAUUGAUGAAUCAGAAGAAGAACGCUUUGAGGAAAUGCCCGAAACUAGUCAUUUGAUUGAUCUCCCUACUUGUGAACUCAACAAACUCGAAGAAAUAGCAGACCUAGUUACCUCAGUUCUCUCAUCACCCAUUCGUAGAGAAAAAUUAGCCUUAGCACUGGAGAAUGAAGGCUAUAUUAAAAAAUUAUUACAGCUUUUCCAGCUUUGUGAGAAUCUAGAAAAUACUGAAGGCUUGCAUCAUUUGUAUGAAAUUAUUCGAGGAAUUUUGUUUCUCAAUAAAGCAACUCUUUUUGAGGUGAUGUUCUCAGAUGAAUGCAUUAUGGAUGUUGUGGGAUGCCUUGAAUAUGAUCCUGCAUUAGCUCAACCAAAAAGGCAUAGGGAAUUUUUGACCAAAACAGCAAAGUUUAAAGAAGUUAUACCCAUAACAGACUCUGAACUUAGACAAAAGAUUCAUCAGACUUAUAGGGUACAAUACAUUCAGGACAUCAUCUUGCCAACACCAUCUGUUUUUGAAGAGAAUUUUCUUUCUACCCUUACUUCAUUUAUUUUCUUUAACAAAGUCGAGAUUGUCAGUAUGCUGCAGGAAGAUGAAAAAUUUUUGUCUGAAGUUUUUGCACAGCUAACUGACGAAGCUACUGAUGAUGACAAAAGACGUGAACUGGUUAAUUUUUUCAAAGAGUUCUGUGCAUUUUCUCAGACAUUACAGCCUCAAAACAGAGACACCUUUUUCAAAACAUUGGCAAAAUUAGGAAUUCUUCCUGCUCUUGAAAUAGUAAUGGGUAUGGAUGAUUUACAAGUUAGAUCUGCUGCUACAGACAUAUUUUCUUAUCUGGUAGAAUUCAGUCCAUCUAUGGUUCGGGAAUUUGUAAUGCAAGAAGCACAACAGAGUGAUGAUGAUAUCCUCCUCAUAAAUGUAGUCAUUGAGCAAAUGAUUUGUGACACUGAUCCUGAACUUGGGGGUGCUGUUCAAUUAAUGGGCCUCUUGCGUACUCUAAUUGAUCCUGAGAACAUGUUGGCCACAGCUAAUGUAAGAAAAUGGAAAGGGAAAACUGAGAAAAGUGAAUUUCUAAAUUUUUUCUACAAUCAUUGUAUGCAUGUCCUCACUGCUCCACUUUUGGCAAAUACAUCAGAAGAUAAAACUGACAAAGAUGCUGUAGUUGCAAACAAGAAUAAUACCAUUUGUCCAGAUAACUAUCAGACAGCACAGCUGCUUGCUUUAAUUUUGGAGCUGCUUACUUUUUGUGUGGAACAUCACACUUAUCACAUCAAAAACUAUAUUAUGAACAAGGACUUGUUAAGAAGAGUUUUAGUCUUGAUGAAUUCAAAACACACCUUUUUGGCAUUGUGUGCCCUUCGUUUUAUGAGGAGGAUAAUUGGCCUAAAAGAUGAAUUUUAUAACCGUUAUAUUACCAAAGGAAACUUAUUUGAACCAGUCAUAAAUGCUCUUCUGGAUAAUGGAACUAGGUAUAAUCUCUUGAAUUCAGCAGUCAUUGAACUUUUUGAAUUCAUCAGAGUGGAAGAUAUCAAAUCACUUACUGCCCAUAUCGUUGAAAACUUUUAUAAGGCACUUGAAUCUAUUGAAUAUGUUCAAACAUUCAAAGGCUUGAAGACAAAAUAUGAGCAGGAGAAAGACAGACAGAGCCAGAAACUGAACAGUGUCCCGUCUAUACUACGUAGCAAUAGGUUUCGUAGAGAUGCUAGAACUUUGGAGGAAGAUGAAGAAAUGUGGUUCAACGAAGAUGAAGAGGAAGAAGGUGAAGCAAUUGUACCACCUGUAGAGAAAUCCAAGUCUGAGGAUGAAUUUCCAGAAAGUUAUGAGAAGUUUAUGGAAACGAAAAAAGCAAAAGAAAGUGAAGACAAAGAAAAUCUCCCCAAAAGGACUUCUACAGGUGGCUUCAAAUUUACAUUUUCCCAUUCUACCAGUGCAACUAAUGGAGCAAAUAGUACAAAUAAUAAAUCUGUUGCAGCUCAGACAUCGCCAGCAAGUUCAAAUGGUUCUUCUUCUAAGAAUGCCAGUUUAACUACAGCAGUCACAGCCACAAAGGGAAGUUUAGUUGGCCUUGUGGAUUAUCCAGAUGAUGAAGAGGAAGAGGAAGAAGAAGAAACAUCCCCAAGAAAAAGACCUCGUCUUGGCUCUUAAAAAUGUUGAAACAAACUCUGAUAGAGGGUGCUUAAAUGCUAUGACUGAACUAAAAGUCUGACUCAGAAAGCGUUCUCCCUGGAAAAUACACGAGAAUACAAGGAGUAGCAAAAGAAAAUUUACUAGAAAGGUUAUGUUCUGAGAACACCAGGCUUCCAAAGAACCUAAUCCCUUUCUAAUCAAGAAGUCUGCCAUUCAGACUGUUAAAAUGUUAAAACAGUGGAUUAGUAAUCAGCACCUGGAAUGAAAGCUUGCCAGAAAAAAUAGCCAUCUUGGGUUCUGUGAGGGGAUGGGGAUGGGAGAAGAAAUUUUGAUAUUGCAGGGUUCCCCCAGUUUGUAGCAAGCUAGAAGAAAUUUGUAAUGCUUCAGUUGCAAACCUAGUAAUAUAACUUCAUAAUGGCUGUCCAUUGUGGGGUUUUUUUUUUUUUAGCAAUUGCCUCUUUUAAAUAAUGAAUUUUCUUUCCAUUAAAAAAAAAAUCAGAAUUGGGGACCACUGUUUGCACAGUCAGCCAAGUUAUAGAGGGUUGCAUACUGCUGCAUAGUGCAUGUUGAGUGGCAAACUUUUUUUCUCAACUCCAUUAUUUUGGAAGGAAAAAAAAGAACCUGGGUUCUAAAUGCAAGCAGACUAGAAGGAGCUAUCCAGGAAAAUCAUUAUAUAGAUCAUCAGCUUUCCAGGAAGAAAAAACCCUCUAGAAACUAUCAAUAAACCUUGGUACUUGAAAUGGCAAUUGAAUUGCAAUUACUAGUAGCAUUUUACAGAAAUAAUGUUGAAUUGAAUUGCUCCCUGCUAAUUUCCAAUUUUUUUUUUCCUUCAGCCAUCCACAUUUCACAUUAGGAAAAGCAGAUGUUGUGAAAUGCUACCAGAAACUCUUGAAUCUUACUUCAAUGAUACAUGUAAUCUGGGGGCAGAGUUAAUAUGCAGCACUAUAAACCUAAGGGGUUUAGCAUAAAGCUGCUUCUUAACACAUUCCAUGUAUUUAAGCAAAUGUCUAAAAGUACACUAGGUGAAUUGAUGAAGGCAACCAUUUUGAAACUUUUUUCCUUUCAGAGCAACUGAAUUGUAAAUAUUUUAAUGUUAGUUUGGCCAUAUAUGAUCUGAGAUCAUGCACACACAAAAUUCUUUAAAUUACAAAUUGUGGUAAGAGUGAUACAAAUUGAAACCAGCAGGAAUCCUCCGUUAUUGGUCACUCUUACAAUACGUAUGGGUCCAUUUCUCCUGGAAAUUUCAUAGUUUUAAUUUUAGUUAUUGUUUGAAAAGAUGGGCUGUCUGUAGAUAUGAAGUAUAGUUUUUCCAUGAAACAGAAGUUUAUUUUGUAUUGAGAAAAAAAAACCACUGUACUUGUUUUACACCAUUUGUAUACAUGUGGUAAUACUAAUGCUGACCUGUAAAAUUCAGGAAUUAAAAUGUGACCCUGUAAUUCCAUGAUUAAUGGUUUUUUUAUUGUUUUAUUGUUGUAAAUGGUAAAUUAAUUCAAAUUUAGAGAUGUGGCCAUUUUAGUUUAUUUUAAUGAUAGUAUUUGUACAAUUUUAUCUGAAUCAAAUCUAGCAGAAAAAGUAAUACUCUUAGAUUUGAUUCAGUGUGUUGUGAUGACUGACAAUGUGGUCUGAAGGACAUAUUUCUGCCCUUUAGGGGCUCCAGGCAAUCAACAAUGGGGCUUUCCUUUUCUCUUUUUCAAUGAAGACUUUGAAGAACUUGUUACAGAAACAGUUUGCUUCAGCAGAUUUUCUACAUUGACUUGCCCUUCUUUGAGUACUCUUGACAAGUCUUUAUCCUUCACAGAAGUAACUCUUUCCCAUAAAACUGAAUAGCAAACCAUAGGAAAAUAAAGGGAUGCCAUUUCCUUGACAGUGAUGUUUAUCCAGCCUGGACCCAAACUAUUUAAUAAAUCACUGAAAAAAGAUCCAAUACACAUCUGGAUCAUUUUCUUUCAUCCUAUUUCAAAGACUAUUAAAAACUUCAAAAUAUGCAGAUUCAUUUAAGCUGCUUCAAUAUAUGAGAAAAAAGUUGAUUUUUUUUUACUUCAAUAUAAGCAAUAGGUGACUUUUCAUCCUAUAUCUGAACAUUGAUCAAUGCUGUGAAAAAUG